CGACAGCCUACCAGCUCCACGCAACACCACACCUUGCUCUUUCCUGUUCAUGCCUGAAGACUCCAAGGACACGGUAGCCUAUAUCCCAUUACCAAAAUGGCGAAAGAAGAGGUAUUCUUGUUAGGGCCUGCAGUACGCCGGCGCAAGGCCGAAAGGCGGGGCUUCGGCCCUCCAGACGAAUGCCAGCGCGGCUGCGCGCCGGGGGGUAUGCCCUCACUGCGGCUGCGCGGGAGCCCGGCCGCCGGCUGUCACUGCGGUUGCGCGCGGCGACGGCGAUCCCGGGGCGCCUGCGCGGGUGGCUUUGCGGGCGCUCGCGGUAAGUUUGCGCCAAGUGCGCGGCAGCCGGGACGCAGACGGCGGCGGCGGCGAGAGGCGGAGCCCGGGGACCACCCCCCACCACCCUCCCCGCAGUCACCUCACGUACCACAACCUCACCUAACCUCUUACCCCCCCUCCGAUACCCCCAACCCCGGGAUGGCAGCGCCCUCCAGCCUUCCUGGCCGGACCAGCGGUCGCCAGAGCCGGCUUUAGCCUGUGGGACUAGGCCCCGCCGAGGCCUGACCCCCGG